AUGGACAAUUUUGUUGAAAAUCAGAUUUUUGAUAUUGAGAACGAUUAUUCUUUUCUGAGUGAACUAGAAAGUUCUUUUUCUAGUUAUUGCAAUGUGAUUUCUAUUAGUAAUGAAUCUACGGGUGAAGAUUCCUUAUACAAGCAUUUCGUGUAUGAUACUCAAUCUGGUUGGAAAAAUUACAUUACUAGUUGCAUUGAGAGUUAUCUUCAGUCUCAAAUCUGCAGUGAUACGCCCAUUCUAAGUAAUAGUGGUGACAGUUCUAUUUCGGGGUGCAGUGGUUUCACUCUAAGUGAAAGCUCUAAUGAAAGCAAGCCAACUAUAAACUACGCGGAUUUGUGGGUUCAAUGCGAAGAUUGUUAUGGAUUAAAUUAUAAGAAAUUUUUUAAAUCAAAAAUGAAUAUUUGUGAACACUGUGGAUCUCAUUUAAAAAUGGGUAGUUCAGACAGAAUCGAACUUUUGAUCGACCCCGGUACUUGGGAUCCUAUGGAUGAGGACAUUGAGUGGGAAGAGGAUCCUUCUGAUAUUGAUCAUCAAAAAGAUGAUCCUUCUGAUAUUGAUCAUCAAAAAGAUGAUCCUUCUCAUUUGAAUUCUAUUUCUGAUAAAAUUGCUCGUUUGAAUGCUAUUUCUUUUAAGAAACUUUAUCGUUUGAAUCCUUCUGCUGAAAAACUUUCUCAUAUUUAUAUCGAUCUUAUCGAUGAUCCUUCUGAUAUUGAUGAUCCUUCUGAUAUUGAUGAUCCUUCUGAUAUUGAUGACUCUUCUGAUAUUGAUGACUCUUCUGAUGAUUUUGAUCGAUCUUAUAAAGAUAAGGUUGAUUCUUAUCAAAGAGAGACAGGAUUGACUGAGGCUGUUCAAACAGGCGUAGGUCAACUAAACGGUAUUCCGAUAGCAAUUGGAGUUAUGGAUUCUGAGUUUAUAGGGGGCAGUAUGGGGUCCGUAGUCGGAGAGAAAAUCACCCGUUUGAUUGAAUAUGCUACCAACCAAUUUCUACCUCUUAUUAUAGUGUGUGCAUCCGGAGGGGCGCGCAUGCAAGAAGGAAGUGUGAGCUUGAUGCAAAUGGCUAAAAUAGCGUCUGCCUUAUUUGAUUAUCAAUCAAAUAAAACGUUAUUGUAUGUAUCAAUCCUUACAUCGCCUACUACUGGCGGGGUAACAGCUAGUUUUGGUAUGUUGGGAGAUAUCAUUAUUGCCGAACCAAAUGCCUACAUUGCAUUUGCGGGUAAAAGAGUAAUUGAACAAACAUUGAACAUAACAGUUCCUGAAGGUUCACAAGUGGCUGAACAUUUAUUCGAGAAGGGUUUAUUCGAUCUAAUCGUCCCACGUAAGCUUUUAAAAAAUGUUCUGAGCGAGUUAUUUAAGUUCCACGCCCUCCUUCCUGUGAAUUCCAAUUCAAUCAAGUAG